AAGACUCUGUAUGUGAGCAAAGACAGCAACCAUUUGAAUUUGCUAGAGGUGUUUUGGUGCAUUGACAGUUGUUAUUGUUGUUGUUGCCGUUGCUUGUUUUUGACUCGAUAAAUUUUUCGACGUAGAUCAUAUUGAAAAACAAGAAUAAUACAAAAUACAAUUCUUAUCUUCGUCACUCUAUUUUUGUCAUUUAAUUUCUUGUUAUACGUCAUAUAGAUCUGCACACGACCGCACAGUUUGCAGAAAUUUCAGCUAAAAAAUCAAUUGGCAUGUAAAUUUUAAGUGUGAAAAAGCAAUUUGUGCUGGAAAAAAGGAAGAAAAGAAGAAACAUCAACCGAUAUUUAUUUAGUAAAGUGCAAAAAAAACCAAAUUAAUAUUUAAUAAUGGCAUUCUCAUUGAGGACCAAUCAAAUUCUAGUUAAAUCUGUGCGAAAUGGCUAUAUAAGGAAGAUUUUGGCAUGUAACUUCGCAACGAUUCGACCGGGCAACAGGAAGAUUUUCGGAAGUGCUGAAGAUGCCGUUAUGGAUAUUCCUGAUGGAUCGAAACUGCUGGUGGGUGGUUUUGGAUUGUGCGGAAUUCCAGAAAAUUUAAUUGGUGCUAUGCUCAAGCAAGGAGCAAAAGAUUUGACAGUUGUUUCAAAUAAUGCUGGUGUUGACAAUUUUGGAUUGGGACUUUUAUUGAAAAAUCAUCAGGUUAAACGAAUGAUAUCGUCGUAUGUCGGUGAAAAUGCAGAGUUUGAAAAGCAAUAUUUGAUCGGUCAAUUAGAAUUAGAAUUAACACCACAAGGAACACUUGCUGAACGGAUUCGGGCUGGCGGUGCUGGAAUUCCGGCAUUCUUCACACCAACUGCCUACGGAACACUUGUCCAUGAAGGUGGCUCGCCGAUCAAGUACAAAGAGGACGGAAAUGUUGAAAUUACCAGUGGCAAACGUCAAGAGCAGAUGUUCAAUGGGAUUUCAUACAUUAUGGAAGAGGCCAUCGUUGGUGACUAUGCCCUCAUCAAAGCACAAAAAGCCGAUGAAUUGGGAAAUUUAGUGUUCAGCAAAUCAGCCAGAAAUUUCAAUCCAACUAUGUGCCGUGCAGCUAAAUGUACUAUAGUCGAAGUAGAAGAAAUCGUACCAGCGGGAUCGAUUGAUCCAGAACAAGUGCACAUACCUAGCAUUUUUGUACAUCGAAUCAUUCAGGGAGGCAAUUAUGAAAAACGCAUCGAACGACUCAAAAUAACAUCCGCAUCGACGGGUGCCAGCGGCGAACUAUCGGGCGCCGAAAAAAUGCGUGAACGAAUCGUACGACGAGCAGCACUUGAAUUCGAGGAUGGUUCAUACGUUAACUUAGGUAUAGGCAUACCGAUGUUAGCUUCGAAUUAUAUUCAAGAUAAAGACGUAAUGUUGCAAUCAGAGAACGGAAUACUUGGCCUGGGGCCAUUCCCGACGAAGGAUCAGGUCGAUCCCGAAUUGAUAAACGCCGGAAAAGAAACUGUGACCAUUUUGCCAGGAGGAUCAUAUUUCAGUUCAGAUGAUAGUUUUGCUAUGAUUCGAGGCGGUCAUAUCGAUGUUUCGGUGCUGGGUGCCAUGGAGGUAUCACAAUACGGAGAUCUGGCCAACUGGAUGAUUCCCGGAAAAUUAGUCAAGGGUAUGGGUGGAGCCAUGGAUCUAGUGGCUGCUCCCGGCACAAAGGUCAUCAUCACAAUGGAACAUAACUCGAAAGACGGUGGCCACAAAAUCCUAGGCAAAUGCAAUUUACCUUUGACUGGCAAAAAUUGCGUUGACAUGAUCAUAACGGAAAAGGGUGUAUUCGAAGUAGACAAAGAGGCUGGUCUAACGCUAAUCGAAAUCGCCGAAGAUUUUCAAAUCGAGGAUAUAAUCGCCAGUACGGGAUGUGAAUUUGCUGUAUCAGAAGAUCUGAAACCGAUGAGGCAAUCAUAAUGUUAACAGCCAUAUUUUUCGUCAAAAAAAAACACAUAAAAAAUGUCAAAAGAUCAAAUGCUAUUGCAUUUAUUUAAAUAUUGAAUGUUCUUUUUUCUAUCGAAUAAAAUUAUUUGUUUAAAAAAUACAUUAAUUUAAA